ACCUGCUGCAUUCCGAGCAGGUACACUUUGGCCGCCCUUCUUAUGGGAGUCGUUAUUCACCUCUUCACCCUGCGGUCGGACUUCAGUAUCAUCGUCGUUGCCAUGGUAAAACAUGCUCCGAACAAUGAAGGCAACAGCUCCGGGGAGAACGAGUGCUUUGUAAACACGACAGAGAAUCUAAUGUAUCCCAUCCACGAGAACAACACGGUAGAGAACUUGACCUAUAACCUGAACAAUGAGACGGGGGACAAGUUUUCCUGGGACCCCAUCACCCAAGGCCGCAUCAUCGGUGCCUACUCGUACGGCCACGUCUUCAGUCAGGUGAUGGGAGGGUUCCUGGAGGCCAGGUUUGGUGGGAAGAAAGUUCUCGGCCUGAGCAUCCUGCUCUCCUCCGUUCUGACUCUGCUGACACCCGCGGCUGCCUUCGCUGGAGAUUGGUGGCUGUUUGUUGUUCGGGUGGUGGUCGGAUUUGUGCAGGGUGUAGUACUCCCAGGUACGUUUGGCGUGUUGUCCAGAUGGGCUCCGUAUCAGGAAAGAGGACGUCUUCUUGCAAUCAUCUUUGCCGGUGAAACUUUGGGAGUCUUUGUGGGGUUUUCAUUGACGGCGUACUUGAUUACACAGUUUGGCUGGGCUGUUACCUUAUAUAUUACAGGGGUAGCUGGAGUGGUGUUCUGUUGUAUCUGGUAUCUCCUGGCGUUUGACUCUCCUGCCGUUCAUCCGAGAAUAACUGAAACCGAAAGGGCAUACGUUGAGUCCAAUGUACAGAAAACGACAAAGGUAUGUCAUGAGUUCUAGGUGAUGUUUGAUAGUCCGCAUUCUAUGACCUCAUUAAUACAGAAUGAAAUGAAAUUUUGUGUUGUGUGUGUGUUUCACUUAUUUCUUUAUAUCUCUCUUCAGCUAUCUCUUUGUAUGUAUUCUUUGUGCAUAUGCACGUGGUGUGAAAGCUGUUACGGUUAAGAAACCAUCUAACUUCAGAGCAAACGCUGUAAGAAUAACAAAUAGUUACAGA